AUGGGUUCCUUUCGACUUCGCAUCGACGGGAACACCUUCAAGGAUCCCCAGGAUCGAGAGAUCACACUGAGGGGAAUUAAUGUCGCGGGUGAAGCCAAGUACCCGAAGAAUCCCGAUCUUCCAUCGUACGUAUUGGAUAAUUUUUUCGAUACCGAUAAUAUUUCAUUCAUCGGCCGACCUUUCGCGCUCGAUGAGGCACAUACACAUUUUGGGCGACUCCGAAAAUGGGGAUACAAUACCAUAAGGUAUAUUUUCACUUGGGAAGCGAUCGAACAUGCAGGUCCUGGAAAGUAUGAUGACGAGUGGAUUGCGUUUACGAUUGAAGUGCUCCGUGUCGCCAAACAAUAUCAGUUCUAUGUGUUUAUGGAUCCCCAUCAGGAUGUGUGGUCAAGACUAUCCGGAGGAUCCGGAGCGCCAGGCUGGACGUUGUAUGCGGCAGGUCUUAAUCCUAGAGCAUUCAAGAAAACAGAGGCUGCCUUGGUCCAAAACACCUACGAUAACCCGGCGGAGUUUCCGAAGAUGAUCUGGAGUACAAAUUAUACCCGUCUUGUCUGCCAGACAAUGUUCACACUGUUCUGGGGAGGGCGAGACUUUGCUCCCAAAGCGAUCCUGGACGGCGUCAACAUCCAAGACUAUCUCCAGGACCACUUUAUUGCUGCAUGCAAACACUUCGCACAAAAGAUUCGCGAAGCUGGCGAUCUUGAGCACGAGGUGAUCAUUGGAUGGGAAAGUAUGAACGAGCCUCAUAGGGGGCUUAUUGGCCUUCAGGAUAUAUCGGUAAUUCCAGCGGAACAACAACUGCAGUUAGGCACAUCUCCCACUGCCUUCCAGGCAAUGUUGACAGGCUCCGGCCGAGCCUGUGAGGAAGCAACGUGGAUUUUUGGAGGCUUCGGCCCUCGUCAGACGGGACGAGUGCUUGUGGACCCGGAGGGCGUAUCCGCAUGGCUACCGGCGAGUCAUGCUGAUAGCAAAUAUGGCUGGGUUAGAGAUCCUGGAUGGAAAUUGGGUGAAUGCCUAUGGGCCCAGCAUGGGGUCUGGGACAUCACGUCGGACCUGCUGCUGCGGAAAGAUUACUUUGCUAAUCAUCCUAAAACUGGCGAACCACUGAACUACGAUAAAUUUACCAACUCAUACUUCUUGGAGCACUAUAGGGCAUACAGGGAUGCCAUCCGGAGCGUGUGGCCGGAGUCCAUCAUGCUGUGUCAACCUCCCGUUAUGGAAAUCCCCCCUGAUCUGAAGGGCACUUUUGAUGAUGACCCUAACAUGGUCCAUGCGGUACAUUACUAUGAUGGCCUCACUCUGUUAACAAAGCAUUGGAACCGCUUAUACAACGUUGACGUGAUCGGCGUGCUUCGCGGUAAAUAUCUCACACCUGCUUUUGCUGUAAGAAUCGGGGAGACUGCAAUCCGGAAUUGCUUGCGUGAUCAAUUGAAGUACCUUAGGGAGGAGAGUCUGAGGUAUAUGGGAGAUCAUCCUGUAGUCUUUACCGAGAUCGGAAUCCCCUAUGAUAUGGAUGACAAAUAUGCAUACAAGACUGGAGACUACAGCAGCCAGAUCAGAGCUAUGGAUGCGAAUCAUUUUGCCCUUGAAGGCAGCACCGCUAAUGGCUAUACUCUAUGGCUCUACACUACUCAGAACAAUCAUGAAUGGGGCGACAACUGGAAUGGCGAGGACUUAUCAAUUUUCUCUCUUGAUGAUUCCGAGCUGCCAAAUGGGAAGCAUUUGGUGCUUGGGGGUGAAUUGCAGUUUGACCCUCAUUCGCCGGCAUAUUCAGAGAGUCAGAGAAACAUCGAAACAUCACACGUUGGCCCUGGGAAUUUGAAGGACGCGCUACGAUCACCUUCUAUAUCAACAGAGCACUCCCAGUUACUGAAGGAUAACGUUGGUUUCCGUGCAGCGGAAGCCUACAUACGACCCAGCCCGAUUGUGACCAAUGGCCUCGUCACCAAACACGGUUUCGAUCUGCGCAAUUGCACGUUCACCAUGUCGCUGGUGGGUAAGGAAACAUUCGUACGAGACGACCGUCCGACGGAGAUUUAUCUUCCUGACUUCCACUUCCCCGGCACCCAUGUGGUAGUUUCGGUCAGCAGUGGGGAAUGGGCCAUUGACUCUGCAGAUAUUAACUCUGUCCGAGUCCAGCGGCUUCGUUGGUGGCACCCCAAGGGUGACCAGAAUAUCAAGAUAGAAGGAGUCAAACGCAAACCCGGCGGAUUGAGCAAUGGGGCUUCUGCCGACGAUGUGACCUACCUCGAGCAAUGCCGGAGCGGGGGAUGUACUGCGAUGUAG